ACAAGAGAAAUUAAACUUUAAAUAGACCUUGUUGCGUUCACCCUAAAUGAAUGGUUCUCAUAUCAUAGCCGCCUCCAGUUAGAGCUAGCAAACCGUGUUGUUUUCCUCAUCAUAUCUGUUUUUCAACCAUGUCAACCUCCUCCUCCUCCUCCUCAUCAUCUUCAUCACAAUCUCUGAAAAUUGGCAUAGUUGGGUUUGGCACUUUUGGCCAAUUUCUUGCAAAGACAAUGAUCAAACAAGGCCACACUUUAAUGGCAACUUCUCGAACAGAUUACUCUCAACUCUGUCACCAAUUGGGCAUCCAUUUUUUCAGGGAUGUCACUGCAUUCCUCGAUGCUGGCAUGGAUGUCAUCUUGUUAUGCACAUCGAUCUUGUCGCUGUCUGAGGUUGUCGGGUCAAUGCCACUAGAUCGUCUGAAGCGACCAACGCUGUUUGUUGAUGUACUUUCAGUCAAAGAGCACCCAAAGGACGUUCUGCUUAAAGUGUUGCCAGAGGAGUCAGACAUACUCUGCACCCACCCAAUGUUUGGACCCGUGAGUGGCAAGAAUGGGUGGACAGAUCUCACUUUCAUGUUUGAUAAAGUUAGAAUACGAGAUGAAGCUACCUGCUUUAAAUACCUUCAGAUUUUUGCAACAGAGGGUUGCAAAAUGGUAGAAAUGACCUGUGAGGAACAUGAUAAAGCAGCUGCGAAGAGUCAAUUUAUCACACACACAAUAGGCAGGGCAUUAGGUGAAAUGGAUAUUAAACCCACACCUGUUGACACCAAGGGCUUUCAGGCACUCAUUCAAGUGAAGGAUACUGUCAUGGGAAGCAGUUAUGAUCUGUAUAGUGGAUUAUUCGUGCAUAACAGAUUUGCCAGACAAGAGCUGGAAAACCUUGAACAAGCCUUAUACAAAGUUAAAGAGAAGCUGAUUCAAAGUAUAGAUGAGUAGCAGGGUCCAGAAAGACUGAAAGUUAAUGCAUAAUAUGCCAUAUGCCAUAUGCCGCCGAAGAUAUAUUCAUGAACUGUAUUUCAAACAUUCUAUUGUUCAAUCACUUGUAAUAAAGGGGUUCAAGGCUCAAGCUUUCUGGUUCACAGAA